AUGGCUUCGUCGCUUUCUCGCUUCGUCGGCCAAGUGCCGAAGAGGCUGUGCCGCCAGCCUUCUCUGUUUCGAGCUGCGACGACGACUCCUUUCGCCCGCUCCAUCGCCACCUCCCCCUCACGACGAGCAGCCGAGCCUGCAAGCUAUCAACCAACCCGGCUCAUUCCCACUGAUCCCAAUUUCUCAUAUCUCAAAGAUGACCAGAAUCCAGAUGAGCGGGCGGCGGGAUUGGAAUCCCAGACGGAGCACAAUCGCAAGAUCCGCCAUUACACCGUCAAUUUCGGACCUCAGCACCCUGCCGCGCACGGUGUGUUGCGGUUAAUCCUGGAACUCAAUGGCGAGGAGAUCGUUCGCGCAGACCCUCACGUGGGUCUCUUGCACCGCGGAACGGAGAAAUUGAUCGAAUACAAGACGUACAUGCAGGCUCUGCCGUACUUUGACCGGUUGGACUACGUCUCCAUGAUGACGAACGAGCAAUGCUACUCCCUGGCGGUGGAGAAGCUGCUGAACAUUGAAGUCCCCGAGCGAGCCAAAUGGAUCCGAACCAUGUUCGCAGAGAUUACCCGAAUUCUCAACCACCUCAUGUCCGUCCUCUCCCACGCAAUGGACGUCGGUGCAUUGACUCCCUUCUUGUGGGGUUUCGAGGAGCGAGAGAAGCUGAUGGAAUUCUACGAGCGCGUUUCGGGUGCUCGUAUGCACGCCGCCUAUAUCCGCCCCGGCGGUGUCUCCCAGGAUCUGCCUCUCGGUCUGCUCGAUGAUAUCUACCAAUGGGCCACUCAAUUCGGUGACCGGAUCGACGAGACGGAAGAAUUGCUUACGGACAACCGGAUCUGGAAGGCGAGAACCCAGGGCGUGGGAGUUGUCAGCGCCAAGGAUGCCCUGAACAUGAGCUUCACGGGUGUCAUGCUCCGUGGUUCCGGUGUGCCGUGGGAUGUGCGCAAGUCGCAGCCGUACGAUGCCUACGAUCAGGUCGAAUUCGACGUUCCCGUUGGUGUCAACGGCGACUGCUACGACCGUUACCUGUGCCGAAUGGAGGAGUUCCGCCAGUCUCUCCGGAUCAUCCACCAGUGCCUGAACAAGAUGCCCGCCGGACCCGUCAAGGUGGAGGACUACAAGAUCAGCCCACCGCCUCGUGCGGCUAUGAAGGAGAACAUGGAGGCCCUCAUCCACCACUUCCUGCUCUUCACCAAGGGCUACACGGUGCCGCCGGGCGAGACGUACACGGCGAUCGAGGCCCCGAAGGGUGAGAUGGGUGUGUACAUCGUCAGUGACGGUAGCGAGAGGCCUUACCGGUGCAAGAUCCGGGCACCUGGAUUCGCCCACCUGGGCGGUUUCGAUCAGGUCGCAAGAGGUCACCUGUUGGCCGACGCGGUCGCCAUCAUCGGUACUAUGGAUCUCGUGUUUGGAGAAGUAGACCGUUAA